AUGUACCGGAUGGAUGUCGACGAGGAGGUGGCCACGGGUCUUGUGCUUGAGGAGUGGAAAGAAGUGAACUCCUGGAACGGCGUUGCCUCGAGCUCUCUGACCGUCCUGGGCGGCAUCAUCAUGCUGGUCACAGGCCCCUGCGGGGGCGACACCGAGAGGUCCAUCAGAUCCACAGAGUCCUCGGACUCAGAGAAGCUGGAAGAGGAGGAGGUCGAGACCGGCUCCGAGGUGGAGGAGGCUGGUAUCUGUGAUGCUGUCGAGGUUGCGGGAGUCUCUGACCAUCGCAGUCCCUGUGGCAUGCGACUUCCACGUGUCUCCUGA